AUGGGAUAUAUUGUAGCACCUCAUACCAAGGAUCUUGUUACUAUAGUAAACUCUGUUAAAGAUCUUGGAGAGAAUUAUAACUGGAAUAGUUUGCGGAACUGCGAAGCCAGCUUUAAGCCUCUUGCUUCUGUGUUCAGCGACAUUGCAGAAUUGCAGGAUGAAACGCCAAAAGUUUGUGAUGCCUGCAAAACCAAGAAUGAAGAUGACAAUGAAAUCGUAGAAAAUCUUUGCAAAAAUGACUUUGCUCUGAAGAUAAAAGUGAAGGAGAUCGCCUACAUCAACGGAGACACCAAGAUCACGCCAGAAACAAAGGGCAAAACCAUCUACAAGCUGAACGGGGUGACGGAAAGGGACCUGAAGAAGACCGUGCUUUGGCUCAGAGGUGGCCUUCAGUGUACCUGCGACGAGAUGAACGAUAUCAACGCACCGUAUUUGGUCAUGGGACAGAGGUUGGCUGGAGAGUUGGUGAUCACCUCUGUCAAACGAUGGCAAAAAGGCCAGCGAGCCUUCAAGAGGUUUUCUCGCAGCAUCCGCAAGAUGCAGUGCUAAUUGCUUGGAGUUUCUGUUCAUGUUUAGUUGCCAUGCCUUAAGUUCUUUCGCAUCUUCCUACCGCAGCCAUAAAUGCCCGGUAUCGUGGAAGAGACACUUCUUUUAAGAAGAAAAGAGACUCCCCCCCACUUCUAAUUGUGUACAUAUAAUAAACUAUAAUUACCCAAAUCACGAUUUUUCUUCUGUAAAAUUGUUUCCAAAAUGUAUUGUUUAGAGUUGUGCAAAAUGUAAUUCUUUUAAUUUUUCUUUUAAUUAUUCAUAUUCAUACGACAUUCUGUCUGGCUAACCUUUCUGCCUAGGUUAGGGGUCCAUCUGAGCUUUGCAGUCGGCUUUUUCGGUUUGGUUUCGUUCCAAGUAAAAUCAUAUGUGGGAGCCCCACAGUGCAGGAGAUAACAGUAUCCCAAGUUUUAUGAAGCGGGAGUUAUUUUGCAACUUGGCAUUGAAAAGACAAACUUCAUUUUAAAGGCUUUGCUCUUACAGAAAUUAUGACUCAAAGACGGGCAAAAUAAAACCGAAGAAUAUCUUGAGAGUUUCUUUCCCCAAAUCCUCUGCAGAAUUAUGCAUGCUUAAGGCCUCUAAUGUCUAUGAGUGGACGUGCAUUAAGCUGCAAUGUCAUGCAUGCUUCUGUGGGAAAGUGCACUGCACUUUAUGGGAUUGGCAUCUGUCAAUAUACAUUGCAUUGGAAGCUUGCUAUAGACUAUAGCCAUUACAAUAUCUCUAUUUACCUUUGAAUAUUGAGCCUAAUUUUAUCUUAUCGGGAAUGUGUCAUCUAGCUUUAUUCAUUACAGAGAAAUUAUCCAUGCACAUGUGCUACUUGAGCAAGAACAAACUUCAAUAAGUGUGUAUUCAUCAUUUACGCACAGUAUUUUAUACAAAGCUUAAUACUAUUUUAAAUUGAAGUACUUUGAUGUUUCACAAAUUAAAGGUUUCUGUAGCCUAGCUGUAAAGUAAGUAGUGGUUAUUUGGAAAAAAAAAGUUGUAAAAUAUUACUUUAACAACCCUUGUAAAUAAUCCAGAUAAACCUUAUAUUCUUGUAUAUAAACUUUACAUCAUAGUUUACACUUUGUUGUGUUUUUGUCUUUAGGUUUUGUGAGAGCAUCUCUGAAAUCCAUAAGAUCCAUUUUUAUUGUAUCUUUUUAAAAGUCUUUGUAAUGAAAGACAUAGGAGAAAUUCACUUCCUCUUGGGUUAAUUAGUUACACUGUUGCACUAUUUUUAGUGCAACUCCAAAGUAGAACUUAACCAGGCCUUUUUAACAGUCAUUCACGAAGUAUAUAGUUUAUUGCUAGUUAGGCACCAAUGAAUUUUUGAUGUAUAUUAAACUAUUAUGCUAUAAUUUAAACAAUGAUUGAUGAUUAAUGUGCUUCAAUAAAAUACUGCAUCAUCUAAUAAUCAUGAAGAGACUGGAGAGCCACUUGUGAAAAAUGGUACAAGGUCCGUUCCAAUUCUAUUAUUCUGUAUUCUGUAAUAGCAUAUUUCACCCAAAUAUGAAUGUUAGUUCCUAUAAUACUGGAUCCCGCAUAAAAGAAUAA